AUGGGAAAAGAGACUCGGCUUGGAAGCUACUAUGAGUUUUUGAGGAAAUUUCAAAUCAGAAUAAGUGUAUUCUUUCAACUUCCAAAUCCCAACGCCGAAGUCGCCUUGAAGCAGAACAGCCUAGGUCUCCGCAAGACCGUGCGCGAGCUGGAAAGCUGCUUGACUAGCCCAGCCCAUCUAACGUUUCUUUCUCGAUCUCCUUCAGCUGAUCUGUGGGUCAUCCAACGGCAGAGGAUGAUGAAGCUGUCCGACGAGCUAGCAGCAUCCUGGUCCGUGCCUACAAGUUCACAGCACCUUUGGUCAAAGGCGCCUCAUUUUCAGCCGAUCAAAAUGCGAGCUUUGAGAUCCACUCCGAACCUGAAAUGGGGGUUGCCAGUUGGGAAGAUGCUUGAUGUCAACAAUGAGGUUACCAGGCAAAGUUCACAACAAUUUGAACGAGAGACAUUGCUCACAAAGUCGUUUGUCAUGCCGCUAUUUGUUGCGGAGUCUGCUUAUGUGUUGACAGACUUUGCAGCAACAGGGCUUGUGGACGCCGUCGAAAGAGUGUUCGAGCAAUCUUGCGGUGUUAAGGCACUGUUGAACUUGUCCUUUUUGCCUGACUACAGCAGUAUAUUGACGAUGAUUCCAAUUGCCAUUGUAUAUUCUAUCCACCGCCAGCUCGCAUCUCGCUCUUGUUACGACUCACCAAAUAGUUCAGACGAUAAGACCUACAAGUUCCAACAAGCGUUUAUUGAUGAUCAUCCGACAACUCAUCUUACCCACUUGAAACCCACAACAUCAUUCGAUGGUAUACAACAUCACAAGGAUCUCAAGUUUUCAGCACCUUCAGGUAGUGAAAUGGAAGUCUUUCGUCAUGGACUCGGUACUGCAGUGCAGGACGAGCAGGGAAGAUCUCGGAGGCAUUCGAAGGAAAUGGGUCGUUUCUUACUUCCUUAUCCUUACUGGCACGUAUUUGUUCUUUCCCGGCGUCUUGGCUUGAGGCAUUGCUUGAAAUUGACUCGUGGGUUUGACGGUAUAGAUGGUUAUCGGCUACAAGGACACAUUCUCGAAGAUUGUAUGUAUAUGCCGGCCCAUUCCAACGUUGUGAGUGCUACACAUGGAAAGAUUCUACGAUGUUGUUGUUAUCAAUCCAACAACGUACUCACGAGCUGGUUUUCAAACCAGCACCGUGGCGGGCGGGGUUCUACGAUUCUUGUGGGAAGUGAUGACAACGACUUGGAGACAGGCGCGAGUCCUGAUCAGAUAACGGAAGACAGCAAGGAACCCGUUGUUGCGGGGGAUAUUACCAGUGAUGGACUAACACAAAGACGGGGGACGCUGCUAUGGUUGAGCUACAAAUCAUGGGACUAG